CUUCUCUCCACUACUCUCCAAAUCAAAGCUUUUCGAAAUCAACAUGGCCGGAACUUCGCCGUGCGCUUCCUGCAAGUUGCUGCGACGCCGAUGCACCAAAGACUGCAUUUUUGCUCCUUACUUUCCUUCUGAUGACCCCCACAAGUUUGUCAUUGUUCACAAGGUCUUUGGUGCCAGCAAUGUUAGCAAAAUGUUGCAGGAGCUUCCGGCUCAUCAGAGAGCAGAUGCAGUGAGCAGUUUAGUUUAUGAAGCAAAUGCAAGAAUGAGGGACCCAGUGUACGGAUGCGUUGGGGCCAUCUCUUACCUGCAAAACCAAGUCUCCGAGCUACAAAUGCAGCUUGCUGUGGUCCAAGCUGAGAUCCUCUGCACCCAAAUGCAGCAUGAGCCCAUGAUCCCUACCCCACAACAGAUAAUGGACGAUCCAGAUGAUCAGAAAUCAUAUUUUCUCCAGAACAACAAUCUCGGCCAGUACCUCAGUUUUCCCUCGUCCAGCAAUGUAAUCCAUGACUCUCUCCAGAGGGAGAACAUUUUUGGACACGACAUGGUUUCUUAA